AGAAUGGUUGAACAGUGCACUUCCUGCCCCUGCCUGAAAGAGUGUUGUUUUGUUCAACUCAAGUUGAUGUACCUCGACAAGACUCUCCAACGCAGAGUCCUUUUCGUUUUUUUUUUUUUUCAAAGGGGCAAUCUGCCAAAACCACACUCUACUUGAAGAAGAAAGAAACACACACACACACCGUACAGCUCUACGGUGCGUCUCACGUGACACACGCUUUACCUUUUGCUGAUCAUCUCCGCUGCGCAUAGGACACACACACACACCAAAAAACAAAGGAAAAAAAGAAAAUGUCGCAUAAGGAGCGCAGUAAAGGUGCGUCCAGCGAGAAGUUCUGGCUGUACGCCUUCCGCGACCACCUCGCCAAUCUGCGCGCCUUCUCCAACUGCAUUGAGACGGCCGACGUUAGCGGCAACGGCGAUUAUCAGCUGCUUGUGGCGGAUGGCAGCAAAAAGCUGAAGGUUUUCGGCGGCACCACUCUGCAGCGGGAGCUGCCCCUCUUUGGUGUGCCGUCCGCCGUUGCCUCCUUCUACAUGGACGUCGGCGAUGCGUUCAGCAAGCCGGUGGUGGCCGUCGCCACCGGGCCGUACAUCUUCAUGUAUCGCAACAACAAACCUCUCUAUCGCUACAUGGUUCCUGCCGUCCCGAUCGAUGCUCAAGAAUCGAGUAUAUGGAACAGCCUCGCAGAGGGCGUCUUGACGGUGGACGACGGCGUGGCGAAGUUGGAGGCGCUGCUCGAUUCCGGCGUGCAGACUUCCUCACGAACGUUGGAGUUGCUGCUGCUCGACACGGCGGAGGAGCGAAGUGACUUUGUGAUGCGCAUGCGUGCUGUACCUCUGAUUCAGAUGGACGUGGUGACCUGCAUGGCUUCCAUUCCGUGUAGCGCCACCGAGGCGGAGGGCCGGAGCUGCCUCGUCAUUGGCACCGAGGCCGGUUUUCUCUACGUGCUGAGCGAAAGAGCAUUGCAGGUGCGGCUGAAGGUGGUGCUGCCGAGCCCGCCUGUUUUUCUCAUUGUGGCGGGGUGCCUGGAGGUCAACUAUCGCAUCAUUGCCGCGUGCCGCGACGGCCGCGUGUAUUCUACUAAGCAAGACCACCUGCACAGCGCCGUCAUCCAGCCAGACGCGCAACCGUGUGCCAUCGCCCGCUUCGACAACCUCAUCGCUGUAGCCACCACCGCCAACACGCUGACGUACUACAACCUCAAAGGGAAGAAGCAGCAGAGUUUGUUUCUGCCGUGCUCCAUCACAAAUCUGGCCACGAUUACCGACCCGAUCACGGCGGAGAGCAAGGCACUCGUGGUGGCGCUCAGCAACGGUGAGAUUCGCGUGCUCGUUGGGACACAGCUGCUCCACGUCAGUCUUGUGUACGGCACGGUGACGGCCAUGAAGUUCUGCCGCUACGGCCGCGCCAACGGUGCCCUCGUUCUCGUCUUGCAAAACGGCUCCUUGGUGGUGGAGCUGCUGCACCGCAACGCGGAUCUGACGUCGCGAAAGGCGGUUGAGAUCGGUCCCCCGCCGGAGCAAGACGUGCCGAUUCCGGUGCCGUUCUUGAGCUCCGUCUUUACCGCGCAGACGUCGCGGGAGCAGAAGUACGGCGCGGACAUGUACCAGCUUUUCCAAUGCGACCUUUCUCAGUUGCGCCUUACGACGGCCAAGGCGUACUUGGAGAUGAUCAACAACGGCGCAGUGCCGACGGAGCUCGGCAACGUGACGGAGGCGAAGGAGGAGGUGGCGGAGUCAUCGCUGCGGAUGAACGCCGUUGUGCAAGGACUUGGGCCCGUCUUCAAGGUAAAGGUGCAGUUGCAGAACGUCGGCGAGAGCCCCAUCCAUGCCGUCCGCGUUGUCUUCUGCCUCUCCGGUGACGAGAUGUACCGCAUGGCGCAGCAGAUAUGCACCGUCCCUACGCUGCUUCCCUCGGUUCCUCUGUCCUGCGAGGCACUUGUGCAGCUCGUGGAGGGGGAGGUGAAGGGAAAUGCCAUUCUAGUCGUCGCGUCCGAUCCGAAGAGUGCGAGUCCGCUGGCAAGCACCCUGGUGGACCUACCCGAAGCGGAGCUGAUUGAGGGGUUAUAG